GAGGGUGAGCUCACCGCACGGCAGGGAAAGCGGGUAACUGGUUGCUCCAUCGCCACAGACCGUCAGUGCAAGCUCACAAGUGACACACUCAAAAGGCCAGGAGGAGUGGAGAGGAAGAUUUAGAAGACAAGAUUAGGAGAACCAUCCAGAAGGACUUGUGUCUGGUUUUGUGCUUUUCGUGGGCUGUUGUAAUAAGACUCUAUGGGCUAGCAGAGGGAUCUGGCCAUGCCUGUUGCCAUACGUAAGAAAAGCUGGGAGGACCAUGUGACCCUUCGUUCAGGACUUCAGUACAGUUAUGAUGACCUAGACUUGGUCUGCUGCCAUGCCAAUUAUGGGGACAAAGAGACACCUUUUGGGCAGCGUGGUAGGGUCAGGUGUGUCUCAAUGCCUGAGUGUGGUCAUCACCAGCCUUGGAUGUUAACCUGCCCCAAGGAUGAUGUUGGAGAGGGUACAAGAAGGAUUAAGACAAUAGUACAUAAUUUUAAGGAUGGAAAUCCCCAUAACAAUGAAGGCGAAAAGGACCGACCAUUGAUGCCUGAGAGAAACACUGGAGAUGGUCUAAAUGAGGCAGCAAGGCACAAGAGUGGCCAAGAUGGCAAGCUAUCUUUAGAUAGUGUGGCAGAUCAUGAUGAAUUGCAACAUUCCGCUUUGGGAAAUUUGCAAACUCACCAUGAAGAUCAUGAUAAUAUGGAUCUAAACAAGAAUAAUAUGUCUGCUUCCCCAAAACUGUCACUUUUUAUGCUUCCUAACACAGUAUUGGCUCAAAUAGAGGAAAUGGGGGAUUUAUCAAAUGAGUUGAAGACUAAGGACAAUAUAUCUUUAAAUAACUAUGUUAAAGACUCUUCUGAACUAACUUACAAAAGUGGAACUUCUGUAGAAUUACUUGAAAACACUGAAACAAUGGUGAAGGUCACUGAGGGUAGUCAGAAGUUAUUACAAGAACACAUGAGUGUCACAAGCCCGAUCAUAGACAUAACGAAUCAACCUCCAACCACUGAUUCACAACAUAAAACUGCUGACCCACACAAUAUUGUGCAAGGGAAAUGUGAAACUUCUGAACAGAAUAGUUUAAUAAGUAGCAAAGUUGAAUGCACAUACAAAGAUGAAACUAUGGUCCAGAACUGUACAAAUGUGGGUUUACCAUCAACUACUCAAGGUACUGAUACUAACAUUCCAGAACCAACCUUGGAGCUUCAUGAUAUCACACAGGGUCUAAAACACAAUGGAAACCAAGAGGCUAAUGGCCAUUUUGAGAGUUUUGAUCAUGAAAUGUUAAAGGAUGGAAGCCUUGGUCAACCUGUUGGUGAAACUUCUCUUUUGGAAACACAUGAAAAAACUGGCACCGUGGAAACAUGGCAUAAUUACUCCUCAAAACUCCAAACCAUCCAUGAGGGAUCCUUACCUGAGUCGGGAGAUAAUACUUCUGCUAAGAUCACAGCAGAAAUGCCAGAACAUACAAUAUCUACAGAGUUAAGAAACCCAAGGUUUGGUGAGAAUCUGACAACCCAUUCUGAGGAUUCUGAGGAUCAAAGCUCAAGAAGAAUGGAACAUGGGUCCAAACCCGUAGAACACCUAUCGACCAAUGAAACAUCUUCAACAAAUCAUGGAAUCAGGGCAGAGCCAGGCUCAACUAGAGGAUGCUCUCAACCUGAGGGACUCUACAAGGAACAUCAAACAAAUCAAAAUACAAAUACAUCCAAAGACCCUGAAAUUGUCCUAAAAGCUGAGGGUUCCCUCGUCAAACUUCGUAGAAGGAAGAGCUCACGAGAGGAGAGAGAAAAAGAGAGGUCACGUUUGGACUCAAUGGUUCUGUUAAUAAUGAAGCUGGAUCAGUUGGACCAGGAGAUUGAGAACGCUCUAAGCUCCACCCCCUCCCUCAAUGGCACUCCCAACCUAAAAAGGCGCAUCAUUUUUGAUAUGGGUUUGGAAAUGAUGGAUUCAGCAGAAAGUCUUUCAGCCUCCUCCCUGUCCUUAAACAUCCCUCUUUAUCGCUCCUCAUCAUCACUGUCUUCAUCAGGACCCUCAGGAACCUCUGGGGCUAGACCAAAAAAUGAGGCCUCUGCAGUACUUUCUGAGAAUAACAGAGCAGAGAUUGAGGCAAAGGAGGCGUGUACAUGGCUGAGGGCUGCAGGAUUUCCACAGUACGCCCAACUCUAUGAAGAUGGUCAGUUCCCGAUUGAGAUUUCCUCAGUUACCAGAGAUCAUGACUUCCUGGAUCAGGAUGCCAUUGAGGCAUUGUGCAGAAGACUGAACACCCUAAACAAGUGCGCUCUUAUGAGAUUAGUGAUCACUCCUCAAAGAAAAAGAAGUGAGGACUCUGAUGAGGAUGAGCCAUGUGCUAUAAGUGGCCGUUGGACUUUCCAGCGGGACAGCAAGCGUUGGUCUCGCCUGGACCAACUGGACAUGGAUGUGUUCUCUCCCCCAGCUGGAGAUACUGGCUCCUUCCCUCUUUUUCGUCCCCAAGAUGACUGUUUUACCAGAGGCCCCCUUCUAAAAGAGGGAGUUAAUGCCAGUGCUGAGAGUGUCUUAACAGAUCUUAGUGAGCAACCAGAGGUGGCCUCUUUGCACAGCGCUGGUAGUGGAGGUCGAAGCAUAUCCCUGAGUACUACUGUACCAUCCAGUCCUGCUACAACCAUCCCCAAUGCUAACACAGCCACCACAACCAGGGCAAGCUCAGUUGCUAGCAUUUGUUCCUCUGGAACUUCAGGCGCCAAUGAAGACUCCAUGUCUGAUGGGCUUCCAUCACCACUAGAACGUGGUACCUUUGCGUUCGAUGUAACACCCAGCUUGAUAAGUAGUGGCGCUGAAAAAAGCACACGUUCGAGAGCAAAGAGCUUCUUGAAGCGCAUGGAAAGCUUGCGGCUACGCACCAGCAGCAAUGCAGCCUCAAAGCGCAAGAAGAAGGGUGCAGCCGGGCAAGGCAGACUGGAGAUCAGCGGGCCAGUGCUGAAGGAGGGUCUUGAUGAAGACAAACUUCGGCGCCUUAACUGUGUGGACAUCACAACUCUGGAUUGCAAUGUGAACCGAAACCGAAGCAUCUCCUAUUCAACACAGACAAGCAGUGGGAGUGCAGGGAGUAGCCAAUCAGAGGCCAGCAGUGGGAGUGCUGUAAGUACGCCCAGUCCGGUCUCAAGAGCACGUAGUCACAGCACGGCAGCUGGAUCCACCAAGAGGGGUGGGAUGUACCUGGAAGGCUUUGACCCAUUUAAUUUUGUUGUUCUGCAACCUUCAGAAGACCAGGAAGAAAAGCAGAACCACCAGAACCAGAAUAAGACAAUGGAGCCCAGUACAACUGCUGAGAAUAACCGACGGAACCGUCAGAGGUCAGAUACUAGACAAAUGGAUGAAGAGGAGAAUAGGGAAGAUGAAGGAGGUGUAAUUUUCUUCUAUUUGCCAGAAGGCCACAAGCCUGGCACUUUUCCGAAAGCACUUGCAGAUGGGGGAUCCUACCGUAGUGCUGAUAACAUAAGUCGGCGCCCACCCCGGAUAGGCUCUGCUGCCUCACUAAACAGUCGAAUGAGUAUCUAUGACAAUGUUCCUUUCUCAGAAAUAGGAGAUGAAGAGGAUGAAGCAGAAGGAGAGGACGAGCCAAAACUGGAGGAUGUGUUAGAGCGAAUAAGUGGCCUGCAGCAACUGGUCAAUGCCUGGUCAGAAACAGGAACUGGGGAAGAGGAAGAAGAUGAAGAGGAAGGGGAUUCAGAUUCAGCCCUUGAUUCUGCAUCUCCCUGUCCAUCAUCCCCACUGCAGAAUCGCUUAGAAGAAACAGAGAAUGGCAGUGAUCAGGACAGCACUGGAAACCCGCUAAUAGAAAGGGACGAAACACUCAGUGGACGCGAGAGAAGCGACUCUGGUGUGGGAGCAUCACUUACACAAGCCAACAGACCUCAAAAGCUGCGCUGGCCAAGCUUUCAGCGUUCCCACAGGCCAAGUCUGUCGUCAAAAGUGUUACAAGUUGGAUGUCAGUCAGUUCUGCAGAUGAACCUCCUUCAGAAGUACAGCCUGCUCAAACUUACUGCUCUACUGGAGAGAUACACACCCACCAACAAACACGGCUUCAGCUGGGUUGUUCCCAAGUUCAUGAAGCGGAUCAAGGUACGAGACUAUAAGGACAGGAGCGUGUUUGGAGUUCCACUGCAGGUCAUAGUUCAGAGGAGUGGGCAGCCUCUGCCUCAGAGUAUACAGCAAGCCAUGCGUUACCUGCGGAGCCAAUGCCUCGACCAGGUUGGGCUCUUCAGGAAAUCUGGAGUGAAAUCACGCAUCCAAGCCCUUCGCCAAAUGAAUGAAUCAUGCGGUGCUGGUGGGGGCGGAGUUAACUACGAGGUCCAAUCAGCUUAUGACGUGGCUGACAUGCUAAAGCAGUAUUUCCGAGAUCUUCCAGAGCCUCUGCUUACCAGCAAGCUGUCUGAUACCUUUCUGCAGAUAUAUCAAUAUGUUCCCAAAGAGCAGCGUCUGCAGGCGGUGAGGGCUGCUAUUUUGCUGUUACCCGACGAGAACCGUGAGGCCCUGCAGACUCUGCUGUGCUUCCUGAGCGAUGUUACGGCCAGCGUGGAUGAGAAUCAGAUGACCUGUACCAACCUGGCUGUGUGUCUGGCUCCAUCUCUCUUCCACCUCAACACAGUGCGGAGAGAGAGCUCCUCACCCAGGGUUAUGAAUAGAAAGAACACCCUGGGGAAACCAGACCAAAGGGACUUAAACGAGAACCUGGCGGCCACACAUGGCUUGGCGCACAUGAUACAGGAGUGCCGAAAACUCUUCCUGAUUCCGGAGGAGAUGUCAAGCUAUAGAAACUCUUACAUGGAGCAGGGCUUGAGUCCAAUGCGGAUAGAAGGGUUGACGAAAGACUGUGGUUCUCGUAGCUACCAGAAUCUGCUCAAAGACAGUCUAGAUGCCCUGCUGAAAGAAGCCAAGGACAAGUUCAAGGGUUACGACAGCUGCUCAACUCCUGAAAAUGCUGAACUUGCAUAUAAGAAGGUUCAGGACGGAUCAUCUCUACGGCAGUGGAAAGUGUGUGUAGAGGUGCCUGCGUCGGCAGAGGAAGUCUUGCAGCGUAUCCUUCGAGAGCAGGAACGCUGGGAUGAGGACUUGAUAGAUUGCAGGGUUGUGGAGACACUGGAUCAUAAUGUGGAAGUCUAUCAGUACGUCAGGAACUCAAUGGCGCCCCAUCCACCCAGAGACCAUGUAGUGCUCAGAUCGUGGGUAACGGACUUGCCUAAAGGAGUGUGUGCUUUGGUGUGCAUGUCGGUGGAUCAUGAGAGUGCAGCAGUGUUGGGCGUUCGUGCUAAUGUUCUGACCUCUCGCUAUUACAUUGAACCUUGUGGACCUAACAAGAGUCGACUCACGCACAGCUCAAGAAUAGAUUGCAGGGGUCGUUGCCCUGAAUGGUACAAUAAGCUGUAUGGACACUUGUGUGCUUCUGAGGUGGUGCGGAUACGAGACUCCUUUACCUGCCUGGACAAAUAAACAUGCACAUACCUAGAGUGUGCUUUGACCGUUAAUUUUUCCUCACAACAAACUUUUAUGCUUAAGAGGAAGAUUUUAAACUCCCUCAACAACAUACGGUCUGAGCCCUUUAAAUGAUAUGGACAGAAAGUGACUGUACCUAAACCUACAAGCUACAAAAGUCAAAGGUCUUGCCAUUUUGAUUGUCAUGGCAAUACAUCAAAUGACAAGCCUGAAAGACUAGAAAUGGCGUGCCUGCUGCUAUGACAUCAUCAUUGACAUUGCAAUGUUUGACCUUGUUACUGAUUAUGUCGUAGUGUGACAACAUGACACCAGAGGUGCUAUUGCUUCUGAGAAGCUUAUAUAUAUGUGUAUUUGUGAAUGACUAUGUGAAAGUGAGCAUGUGUUUGAUAUUAUAAGUUACAUGUAGUAGGUAUGACACGUUUUGUGCGCACAGUAUGUAUGAUUUGUGACGUAUGCAUGAAUUAUUGACAAAUGAGACAUAUUCCAUGCACUGGCAACCUGCUGCAAUAUAGUGUUAACUAUUCUGUUUGUGUGUGUAUGUGUGUGUGUGUCACUGUUACACAGUUAUAUAAGUGUCUGCAAAGCUGUGUACAGUGCUUUUGUUAUGUUUGUUAUGUCUGAGUGAAUGGGCAGAUGGAUGGAUGGACAAACAGAUGUUUGUCUACACUGAGAACAGAUGGUGGUGGCUGGAUCACCUAUGAAAAGAAGGACAGGAAGUGUUUGAUAGAGGAAAAGACUAGUGCAUGUAGACAACAGCACCUAAACCAAAGCAGAGACCAAUACAACGAUGGACCAAUUCUUCAAUAUUUAGAGUAAAAUAGAGGAGUCAGCUCCAAGACUCCAAAACAUUAUGUAAAUAUGAUUUACUCACAGAGGCCUGUGAUUGGAUGAAAUGUCGACUAAUCAAAGUAUUUAGAACUUAAGGACUAGUCAAGGAGCUCAACCAUUUUUAUAUAUCAAUCUGUGAAAGGUGUGAGUUAUGAAAAACUCAAAGGACAGGAAAAGAAUUCAGGAGCGUUUUGUUUAGGUUGGAUAUAACAUGUUUGACUUUAAGAAAUAGAAGUGAAAAAAGGCUACCAGGGGCAGCAAUUUUGUCUGAUCAGAAGAUGGUUGAGAAUGUAUGAGUAAUGAGUUUGUGUUUGUAUGUCAGUGUUAACCAGAAAUGAAGUAAAAGUCUAAAAUAAUAACAAAGUUUGCAUAUACACUCAUAACUACACACAGGGUUAUAGCCACACAGCAGAACAGAGUAGGAAUGCUGUGAUCAUCAAACAGAUUUCCUUGACUUACAAAUGAGGAACAAUUUGUCAAAUAAAAGUCAGCAAUAUCUGCAGUAUCACACUGCCAAGUUCUCAAAGUGGCUGGAUAGAAGCUAGCGUAGAAGAAAGAGAUAGACAUGUUUUAUUUGAGCCCAGCACUCCUAUUAUGACAUGCUGUUUGACUGGGCCCUGGGUUUGAUGUCCAUACUAGAUUUACUACUACUUACCGUGCCUGUACACAGCGGUGUAUCAUAAACGUGUGUAAGUUAAGUGUAUGCUGCCAAAUGGAGAAUAACGCAUGACAAUGACAGUUAAUUUAAAAUUCCCUGUAUUUAUAUCACUCAUAUCGUGUUUUGUAUGUAUCUUAUUUUAUUGUAAAUGUUACACUCUAAGUUACAGAACUGAGAAAGCUGUUUAUCUUUUUUAUUAAUGCUAUAUCUGUACAGAUUAAUCAUGGUCAAAAUGCACUAUUAAAUGUAUUAAAAAAUA